CCCAACCCACUAACUCUGUGGCAAGCCCGCAGGUACCCCAGUCCCUGGAUGAUGUUAUAAAGAUAGAAGAGGUAUGGCAGAGAUAAAGCUUAAUUGGAAGAACUUUUGAUAGGGUUACCCACAUCUGUUGCCUCAGUAUGGACAUGGGGAAGUACCCAGAAAAGGGCUUUGUAAAGACUACUCCUUACCCCUGCAAUAGGAUGUUGUAUUCUAUUUGGAAAAAUGCAGUAAUGCGGUGCCUGUGGCAGGAAACAAUGACCCAGAGGAGGAACCCAUAUGCCAUCUUGAAUAUGCGAAACAUCAUGGAACAAGAGAUGGUACUAGCCAACCAGCAGCUGCUGACUGUUCGUCAGGCUGCCUUAAGUCAGCUAUUUGAGAAGGAACAUCGACAGUACCAACAGGAGCUAAAUCAAAUGGGCAAAUCCUUCUAUGUGGAAAGACUCUGAAGGCAUCAUAGGCAUUGUCCCUUUUUCUCUUAACAGUUCAUACUUCCAGGGCUCCCCAAGGCCUAGGAUUUUUUUCUCCUAGAAUAUGUCUAGGCUAUUUGCCUAGAGCCAGACGUCCAUUUCUCAUCUAUAACCUUUUAUUGUGUUGGUUUUUUUGUUUGUUUGUUUUUGGUAAUGAUGUAUUAAAAGGCUGAUGAGGCAAGAGUGA